GUCUCAAGCAUGACAACUCCCAAAGCCUCCAUCGACAUCGCUCUAGACGUCCCAGGUGGGGUCUGUUCGAUAACUUCACAGCCCCUGGACGUUCAGCAAAUAGUCAAAUCUGUAGGGGACGACGGUGCGGGCGCUACCGCCGUUUUCAUUGGUACUACGCGAAAUUCAUUCAAAGGGAGAACCGUUACGCGCCUCGAAUACCAGGCUUAUUCAAAAUUGGCUAUCAAGACCAUGGCUAGUAUAAGUUCAAGACGCCAUCAGCCAGAAUCGCAUAGUUCCCUCAUUCGUUGCGCCGUUCAUCACCGGAUUGGUGUCGUUCCCGUUGGAGAACCCUCAAUAGUUAUCGCCGUCUCCUCUCCCCACCGUAAAGAGGCCUUCGUAGCAUGCGAGAGGAUUCUCGAAGAAGUGAAGCAAAAGGCACAGAUCUGGAAACGAGAAUACUACGAGGGAAUGGAUGACAGCGAAGCAGAGUGGAAAGCUAACGCAUAACAAGUACAGGAAUCCCUUGAAUCAUCAAUCUACCUUUCCUUGCUUGCCUUGUUUUAAAUAGGGACCCCCCUCGGCUCAAAAGUGCCGUC